UUCGUUAUGCAUACAGUAAACCAGGCUUUAAUUAAAACAAAACACCUGAAGGGGAUCAGCAGGCAGACGGUCCCGCUCCCACAGCCCGCGCUGAGGCGGACAGCAGGGCGGGAAAGCGGUGGGGGCGUGGCCUCACGAAGCCCCGCCCCCGAUCCCGUUCACCCACCGCCGGCCAACAACCAAACAAAAUGGCGGCCGCUGGGCUCCUCACGCCGGGCUCUUAAAGGAGCCGCGUUGCCUCGGGCCUGGUGUCGCUGAAGGCGGCGGCCGUUCGAAGGAGGAAGGGAGGCGGUAGAGGUGGGCUGCUGAGAGCCGGUAUCUUCGCGCGGGGGUCGCUAGGAGGCCACCUCGCCCGCCGGGAGCGGGAAGCGGCGAAGCGGCGUUGCCAUGUCAACCCAGAUACUGAUCAGAUGAUAUCCUGUAUUUUUGGCAAUGAAGAAAAGCUACAUAAAAAAAGAAUUAUGUGGAAAAUCACAGAUGUCAGCUCUUCAGACACCUACUCCAAUGUCUUCUGUUGGUUCAGGCACCAGAUCGUCAUCUCCCCUAAGCCAACAGACAUCUCCACCUGCUCACAAAAGUAGGGCAUGGCAGAAUCAACAGCUUGAUACUACAGCAAAUGUGGAAGCUGCUUUUGAAUCUAAAUUUUAUGAAGAUGAAAAUGGUGUCAGUCCAGGUGUUCGGUAUAUUACAGAACCCCUUAUAAAAAGUCUGUCAAAACAGGAAAAUUUGGCAUAUAUAAGCUCACUGAAUCUUUCUUCCCCAAAGGAUGGGGACAAGAAAUUCAAGUACAUAGAAAAUCUGGAAAAAUGCUCUAAACUAGAGAGACUGAAUCUAAGUAACAAUCAAAUAGAGAAGAUUGAGAAGCUGGAUAAGCUGUUGAAGUUGCGUGAACUCAAUUUGUCUUACAACAAGAUCAGUAAGAUUGAAGGCAUGGAACAUUUACAUAACCUACAAAAGAUGAACCUUGCAGGGAACGAGAUUGAGCAUAUUCCUGUGUGGGUAGGGAAGAAACUGAGAUCCCUGCGCAUCCUUAACUUGAAACAGAAUAAAGUAUCAUCACUUCAUGAAGUAGCUAAACUAAAGCCUCUACAAGAUCUGACUUCUCUGUUCCUUGCUGGUAACCCAGUUGCCAGCCUGCCUCACUACCGCUUGUACGUCAUAUUCCACUUGCGAGCAUUGGAAAACUUGGAUGGACAGCCAGUGACAAAUCAUGACAGACAGGAAGCUCUAAAGAGGUUUGAUUUAGAAGAGAUAGAAAAAUUAGAGAGAGAGUUGGAGAAUGCAAUAAAAGAGAUGGAGAACCUUAAACUUAACCAGUCUAAAGUACUUGAGCAACUUCACCAUCAAGAUGAGGUCAACAAAUCAUUAAAGGAAAAAACGUUGCAGCAGAAGCAAAGCUGUGAAGAUCUACAAAGGGAUGUGGAUACCAAAAAUGAACUGUUAAAGCAGAAAACAAUGGAGCUGACACGAGCUUGCCAGAAGCAAUAUGAGUUGGAGCAGGAACUGGCAUUUUAUAAGAUUGAUGCAAAAUUUGAGCCGCUAAGCUAUUUUCCAUCAGAGGAUAUUGAGCUUGACAACGUACCUGGUGAAAGCCCAUACAUUGGUAAGGCCAGGUACAAAAGAAAUAUGUUUAUAAGAGAAGGCUACAUAGCUAGUAAAGCUCAGCAAAUAGAAACUGGAAAAAUGCAACCAGAUGAAAAUGAUUCAUGUAUGAAAUCACAGCUGGAACCUCAGUUUCAAACUGUAGAUGAGCAAUUGGAGAGUAAAGAAAAAAAGAUUCAUUCAGCACAAAGAAGAUUAGAAGAGCUGCAAAAUGCAAUAGGAAAAGCAGAGCAACAAGUUUUGGAAGUGACAGAGGAACUGCAACAACUGGAGGGUGCUCUGGCUCAGAAAAAAGUCUCACAGGCUGACAGGGAAGAGCUGGAGCAGCAGCUGAGUAAGAAGAUACAAAUACUGCAUCAGCUACAAGAGGAAGCCUUAGCACUGGAGAAACAAAUGGAGAAACAGAAAAGAGAAAUAGGGAAGAAGCAGAAAGAGCUUGAAGAUUUGAAGAGUUCUCUUGCUUCUGUAAAUUCUAAAGAUCCAAGACAUGCUCACAUGAGAGCUCAAAAAGCAAGUAAAGAACAGCAGAUUGAGGUAAUGAACAAACAGUAUAAGCAGCUCGAGAGUCGCCUGGAUGAAAUGCUUUCUAGGAUUGCUAAGGAAACUGAGGAAAUCAAGGACUUGGAGCAACAGCUCACUGAUGGUCAAAUAGCAACAAACGAAGCACUGAAAAGGGAUUUAGAAAGCAUUAUAAUUGGAUUACAGGAAUACCUGGAAAGUGUUAAGCAUCAAGCAAAACAGGCCAAUGAUGAAUGUAAGGAGUUACAGAAGGAUAAAGAAUCUUUGCUUCAGAGAUUGGCAGAUCUAGAGGAUGAAAGAAAUAGCCUGAAAAUAGUUAUCAUGGAUGCCGAAAAUAUGAGAAAAGAAAUAGCAAUGCUUGAAGGCGCGCUUCAGGAGCAGCGAGAAAUAAAUGAAUCUCUUAGAGAAGGCCAAGGGGAGGUGAGUGCCUACGAGGCUGAACUGGAAGCCCAGCUAAGAGACAGAGACACUGAAGCCAAUCAGCAAAAGGAAGAAUUGGAAAGACUGAAACAACUCAGCCAGAUGGAACUGUCAGCCCUGCAAGCUGAACUUGAGAAAGAAAGACAAGCAUUAGAGAAUGCUCUGACCAAAGCACAAUUAGCAGAAGAGAAGGAACAAGAAAAUUAUAAGCUGCUUUCUCAGUUCAAACAACUGCAGGGAGACAACAAUCUCCUGAAACAACAGCUUAAAGAUCUUCAGAAUCAGCUAAGCCAUGCAGUUGGUAACUUGAUUCACCCUGAGGAAGUCCUGGCUCGUAUAAAUGAACUCAAGCAAAAGCUUCGGACAGGAGCAGGAGAGAUUAAAUGUCAGAAUUCAGCUGAUGUUUUGGGGAAAAGCCUUGCAAAUCUGCAGAAAGAAUUCAAUAGCAUCCUUGCUGAUACACAGAGGGAAAAAGAGAAAGCAUGGGAAAGACAGAAACAAUUGCAAGAGGAAAUGGUAUCUCAGCAGGAAAAACUGGAAGAUAUACAAGAGAAAUAUAGACAGGUGAAAUCUGAAAACAGGCAGAAUAAGAACAAGGUCCAUCAGUUAGAGAAUGAAAUUCAACUUUUACGUGAAAAAAUAAAGAGUAUGGAGGAAAUUCAAGGCCUGGCUGAUCAACAGCUCCAAGAGGCAGAUGAAGAAAAAGAGGCUAUUCUUGCUCAACUAGAAGACUUGGAGAAAAGGAAAAAAAUAGAAGAUGCCAGGACACAAAUGCAAUUUGCUGAUUUGGAUAAAGAGCUGAAGGAAUUAAAGAGAGCAAUCAUCACUUCAGAUAAACUGGCAGCUGCUGAGCUAUCCAUUGCUAAAAGCCAGCUGCAGGCUCUUCAUGGGACUGUUCUCAAAAUUAAUCAGGAACGAGCUGAGGAAUUUGAGGAAGCUGAAGAGUUCUGUGUUGAGGCAGCUCGUGCAACUCGGGAUCUUGCCCGAGCAGAAGCAGAAAUAGAAUUGUUACAACAGCUUCUAAAACAGAAGGAAGAACAACUUCAACACGAGAUGGGGAAAGCUGGUGAGAAGACUGCAUCGAGCUCUCAAAAAUUAGAAAUUGAUAAACUGAAUGACACAGUGGAGCAACAGAAAGCAGAAAUUGACCGUUUAAGAUGGUUGUUGGAUGACGUUGGGGCAGGUAACAAGGAUGAAAUUGACAACUUACAAGAUGAAAUUGCAGCACUCAGAAAUGCACUCUCGUGCCAGAAUGAUUACAUCACCAGUAUAGCAGAUCCACUGAAAAGAAGAGGAUACUGGUAUUACAUGCCACCAUCACAGGCCUCAACUCCUGCCUCCCACAGCACAAAAGAUUCUGGAGUUGGUUUACAAUGUCCUGGCACAUCCCCACCCAGAAGAGGGUGUAGUCAGGUCAGGAAGGAAGACUUACCCAGAGCGAGAGGAUGCUGGGUUUAUUCACCAGUCAGAAACAGGUUAUACAAAACAAAUCUUGAUAAAGCUGGAAGAGUGAAAGAAGACAGUGAAGGAAAUGAGGAAGCUCAUGCUCAUAAAGACCUGCCCUUUGUACCACCACCUGGUACAGUCAUGUAUACAGUUCUCCCAGAUGGUGCUCCUCUACCCCAAGGAACUGUGGCUUAUGGCCCUCCUCCUGCAGCUGCAAAUGGAGGUUCAAUUGCUCCUGGCUCUGUUAUCUAUGGCCCACCUCCUGUGGGAGCCCAGGUUGUUUAUGGCCUUCUUCCUCCGAACUUUACUAUCCCACUCAUUCCUUCUGGAGAUCUUCAUUGCAAUGUACCCAAGCAUCAUGAUUUGGAGAGUGAAGUCUCAAGGUUAGAAGAAACUGUGCGUCAUUUAAAGUCUCGGAAAUACAGAGAUAAAUGGUCAGAGGCAGCUGAGCAUAAGUGCAAGAAUGAAAUGGAAAAAUUACGUCAAAACAUAGAAGAUCUUCUGCAUGAAAGAGAAGAGCUGGAACACGAAGUAGCAGAGCUACAAAGAGCAGCUCAAAAACGUAACAAACGCAAGGACUUUAUUGAAGGCUAUACUGAAAACUUAAUGGCAGAACUACAGUUAGAAAAAUCUCUUAAACAUCAUGAAGAUAUAGCAGAAGAAAUUGAAUGUAUAGAGAAGACUCUUCUCAAACGCCGAGCAGAGCUUAGAGAGGCAGAUAGGCUUCUCACAGAAGCUGAAGUGGAACUUGAGAGUACACGGGGAAAGACUAAAGACACUAUUCAAAAAUACAAUCAUGCCAAACAGCAUUUGUUCCAUACUGAAACUGAGGCAGAGGAGCUAGAGCGAAGGGCUCAUGAAAUGGCUACUAAACUUGUGAAAGCAGAUCUGCAAUUAAGAUCAUUACAGGCAGAUACCCAGGAUUUAGAACAGCAUAAGAAGGAACAAGAAGGUAUUUUGAAGGAAAUAAACAAAAUGGUGUCUGCAAGAGACUCUGAGUUCCAGUCAUUAAACCAGAAAAUAGAAAUGCUGACUGGAAGCCUUCAGAAGCUUCAAGGAGAUAUUCAAGUUGCAGAAGGUAAUGAAGAACAUCACCUCCAAAUGCUCAGAGAAGCGGAGAAUGUUCUCCAGGUCAAGAAAACUGAACUGGAAAGACUGAAAAAUCAGGUUACUGCUCAGCAACAAGAGCUGUUGUUUGUGGAGCAGCAGCUCAGUCAAAGGAAAGAGCAGCUUCGUGUCCUUCAGGACUGUAUUUCUCAAAAGAAAGGUGACCUCAAGGAAGCUCUUCGAGAUGGGGAGACUGAAGCAAAGGAAAAACAGCGCCAAAUAAAAGAAAUAAGGCUCCUUCUGGAAGAUCUUAAUGCUGAGAGGAGAGAACUGGAUGUCCAAAUUGAUGAGAAGAGAGCACAGCUUUCGUUCAUAAAGAAGGAUAUUGGAAAAGAGGAAGAAAAUCUUCAAAUAAUACUUGGACAAAUUAACAAGCAUAAGAUAGAACUGAAACACGUUCUGGAAAUGUUGGAGAUUGAAAAUAAUGAACUUCAGGGUUUGAAACUACAACAUGAUCAAAAGGUCAAUGAACUGGAGAAGACUCAGGUUGCAGUUCUAGAAGAGAAGUUAAAAUUGGAGAAUAUUCAGAGAUUAUUUCAGAGUCAGCAAGGGGAAGUAGAUUGGCAGGAACAACUGCUUCAGAAGGACCGUCAGGAAAAUGAACAUCUGGUUUCUCAAAUGCGCACUCUGCAAAAUAAUAUUGAGUCUCUGAAUAAAGAGAAGCAUAAGCUUGAAGAGGACUGUCGGAGUUUGGAGAAGAAGCUGUCACAAACCAGAAGAGACCUGACUGCUACUGAAGACAGCAUCGGAGCUGCAUUGUCCAAUGUAGAAAAAACUGAAUUGGACAUGAAAAACCUGCAACAGGAUGUAGAUGUACUGAAUAAACAAAAAAAGUCACUGCAUGGAGAGAUCGCUCUUGUACAAAAAGAUCUUCAAGAAAAAAAGAAUGAACUAGAGAUGCUGAAAGGAGAAUUAAGUGAGUCCAGGCAGCAGCUUCAGCUGGCAGAACAGAAUUUGAAAGAUAAUACAAAGCACCAGGAAGAGCUGCUUAGAGAGCAGGCAACCCUGAAAGAAGAUAUUCUAAAAUGUGUAAGGAAAUGUAAGGAUUGCCAAGAGAGACAGAAAAAGAGAGAGAACCAUUUGCAGCAGCUCCAGAAAGAGAUUGAAGAGAAAGAAACAAUACUGGCCAAACAAGAAGCGAUCCUUUAUAAGCUCAAGCAAAAUUCAGAAGACGAAGGGAAAAAACUGGAAGAAAAUACUGCUAAACUCAAAGAACAGAAACUUCUUCUGGAAAAGGAACUCAUGGAUCAACGAGAGAAACUGGAACAGGCAGUAGCAAAAGUAAGGCUGAUAGAAGAAAACAACAGGAAGCUGGAAAAAGAAGCAUCUCAAUUUGCAGCACUUGAAGAAACUGUCAGAAAAAGCAAACAUCAGAUAUCAGAAAAAGAACUACAGUUACAACAAAAAAAUAGAGAAAUUCAGUCUCUCCAAAAAGAAUUGAAACUCUCCAAGUCUGAGCUGAACCAUCUCCAGGGGCAGCUAGCAUCAGAAAGGAAAAGAGCUGAAAAACGAAUCUGCAGUCUGAAGGAAGCAAUGAAAAUGCAGAGGAUGCAGCUUGAAAGAGAACUGCAUGAACAAAAGCAUGCAAAUAACUGCCUGCAGAGUGAUAUAGCAGCUGCUGAACAAGUAGCACAGAAUAACCAUGAGCGAACCAAGCACCUUAUUAAGGAGCUUGGCCAGAUCCAGCAGAAUUACAUGGAUCUCCAAAACCAGGUUAAGACUCAGGAAGACCUAGAAAAGAUUCAAAGGGAAAUAGAGGACACAGCAACAUUGCUUAAAUCAGAGGUUGAAGACAAUAUUAAAACAGGGUUUAAAUCUUCAAGCCCAUCUUCUCCAGAACUGUUGGAAGAUUUGGAAGCGUUUUCUGCAGUAAAUAGAAGUAUGCAGUGUGAAUCUGAUAAUUUAGAGAUGUUUUCAUUUGCUGAUGCUGACAAAGGAUUGUUCUCAUUGGAAAGGAAGUUGGAUUUUUCUCAAAUCUUCAUAACGGAUGAACAGUGGCGUGGAGAGGCUCUCCGAGAGAAACUGCAGCAUCAUGAAGAUCGGCUGAAGGCUCAGCUCUGGCACUGCAUGUCCAAGCAAGUUGAUGUAUUGAUCAGAGGAAAACAACAAACACAAGGCACCCUUCACAGCCUGAAGCGACAGGUUGACGCGCUGGAUGACCUGGUCAGCAGCACUUCCUCGGACUCACUGUUCCUAGCUGAAAGUCCAAGUCUGCUAUCUCUUCGUGAUGCUCUGAAUGUAACAAAAACACAGGCUGCCCUGACAGGACACACACACUUCCCCAGCAGCUCAGCAGGUGUUCCAGCAGUGGCACAGACGUGGCAUUCCUGCUCAUGAGAAAUUUCUCAGUAAAGUGCCAGAGACAGCAGCUGAUCUGCAUGUGCUCUUGUGCUUCCUGAGACUGUGCCAUCAUCUUCCACUCCUGAAGCCUUCUACCUCACUGCUCUACAAGCCUUUGCUAAAAAGGUAUUUACCAGCAAUAACAAACAGCUCAGUACUGUGAAGUUUCUGUAUGACUAAGGGAGUUUUAUGUAUAUACGUUAUUCCAAAAAAAAAUAUGGAUUUAGGAGUGUCUAAAACUACUGUUCUCAUUGAAGUGUGGGUAUUUCUCAGUUUACAUUUUGAGUUGUCACAUUUUCAAAUGCAUGAAUGUUAAAUAAAACUAUUUUUGAAUACUUUCUUAAAUUAAGUUUGUGACUACAGCUUACCUUCAUCCCAAGUAUUGUUUCUAAUAUGCAUCCUCUAACACCCGUGCAUUGCUGCCUCACCUAACAGUGUGAUCUUAAUGGUGGCAGUAGGAGCGAGCUCGGAGCAACUCUUAUGUGUACAGUAACAUUUGUUACACUGAUAUUCACACUGUAGCAGUUACUGGUUACCAGGUGCUGGUGGUAAGCAUUGCUGCAUUAUCUCUGAAGCCUUACUGGUAUCAUUUUUUCUGACACAACAAGCUUGCAAAAAAUACCAGUCCUUUGUAAAUGAAGAACAGUAGGAAGGCAGUAUGAAAUACAGGACAUUCCUCCACCUUUAUGCAAAGCAGGCUCUCUAAGUACAUUCUUGCCCUCCUGGAGAAGGCCUGCACAGCCACAGGGGACACAGCGACUUUCCAGAGCUUCUCUCCUUAUUACUGGAGGCAUAUUUCAGUGCUGUUUUCAACCUUGCCCUCUCAUCUACAUGAUCAUCAUCACCUGGCACCUCUGGCAGCAAUAUUCAUACUCCCCACUUCCCGCAGGCCUAUUACAGCCUUAGGAAGGCUUCAGGGUAGUAGAAAAGCAAAAGCAGCCUAUCGCAUUUUACCCCUAAGGCCCCUCUUAGAAGCUGACAUAAGCAGUUAAAGCACAACUGCUACCAGUAGAAGGGAAUCUUGCAUAACUUCUCUCUUCUAACAGAUUUCCCCAGCACCCAAAGCCCUGACUGCAGGCAAGCAGAAGUGCCUACACAGCAGCAUUUGCAAGCCAGUGCACUGUGGCAGGUAGAAAAUAGCCCAGGAAGGCAGGAAUAAAGAACUGCAGCCGUAAGUCACAGCACAAGUAGAGAAGGCCAGAGCAAGAAACACAAGGCACUGCAGUUUAUCUAGAUACAGGUACUUUAUUUACAAAUAUUUAGAUUAAUAGCAUUGUUACAUCAAAUGAGGAGUACAGCAGUCCAAACAAAUCCUUUCUGUGACAGAAACAAUAAGGCCUACUGUAACUUAUUCUGGGAAUACAGGUAUUGCACCUCAACAAGCUGUAGUCAUUAGAACAUUUACUUCCAAACUUCAUGGCAGCAGCAGGUCCUGGUCCCUGGGCAAACCCCGCUGUGGUACAACCUUGGUUUAAGCAGGACGCAUCAGCUGUAGAGCUCAAACAUACCCAUCUACUAAAGAAUACUAGUUAAAGAAAACUAACCAGACAAAACAAAGGGACAGCGCACAAACAAGUUACCCAAAUCCUAUUGUCUGCACAUUCCAGUUUUUUUGGCUUUUAUUUAACAUUGACUGUACAAUACUCUGGUACCACUGUUGACUUACAUGUCUGAACAGUUUAGAGUUUUAGUGUCUAGAAAAGGAAUUUAAGACUACUUUGUAUUUUAAACACUGCAGUAAGACUAGAAGUUGGGCAUCUGAUCGUGGUUAAACACUUACCCUUUCCUUUUUGAAGCUGUAUUCAGUGUAUUCUUAAAUUAAGCUAUAUGUGACAUACAGUGCUGCAUACAGAGUGACACAUUCUAGUCCUGACAACACAAUAAAUCCCACACAUAGUCUGUCAUGUACACACAUGGGUUUUGCUAUCUCCCCUUUACAGAAGUAGCACACAUGCCAGCCCAGGAGGGUGGUACUCUUCAAGAAGAAACCUAGAAGAAGCCCUCAGCUGUAGUGUUAAAAUACAACAGUAGCUACAACUCCCUAGAGAACACAAGUUGUUCUGACUGUCCAGUUCAAUAUCUGACCAUUCAAAAAGUUAAAGGUAUAAAAGCAUAAGAUGUGCAAGAGAACCAGCCUUGGUAUACAAAGCAAGGCAGGUAAUGAAGCCCAAUAAUGCGAAAUGCUUACAGAAGAAAAAAGCAGGUUAGCACACUGCUGAUUGCACAGAACAGGAUUAAUAACAUGGCAUAGAUAUACCACAGUGCAAAGAUGAAGGACAGAUUCCACUAGUGUUAAUUUCAGCACUGGGAUUAGAGUUCCCCCAGCACAAUGUCCACUGUCAACACCAAGGAGUUAAGCUGCUGUUAGUGAACUGCAGUUACACCUAUGUCUGUACUGAUGGGCAAUGUGGUCACAUACAGGUCAUACUGUACAAACUGAUAUUUUCUUAUAUACUGUUCUAAUGCCAGUAAUCAUUUUCUUCAUUAAAAUCAUAUACACAGGAUGUAUUUAACUGUUAGCUCAGUUCCUUCAAAUUUUAUACAUAUUUACGUUCUGUUAGCAAAUGGAUAAAAGUGGCAAAAAAUGAUGUAAAGCUAUGAGCACAAGAAUGAAUGUUUGUUUCCCUGUGCAAGUUGUACACUCCUGCGCCAGCCCCCCCUGCCCCCAACAUGCACACCAUGGGGAAUUCUUUCAACAAAGCACAUUGGUACGGAGCCCCUUUCUACCAUCAGAAGUCAUUUCACAGCAAAAAAAAAAAAACAAAAAAACUUAUCCUUUACUAUGGACAGCUCUACACAGUUAAGAGGUGGGG